AUGUGUAAUGUUGAAGUUAUAGUUGAACAACCCCAAUGUGCUUCAGUUUAUGAAGAAUCUGCAUUGAUUAAUGAGCAGCCUCCAACUAGAAUCGACACUGCUCAUCUUAUUAGAGAUCCAAGCAAUCAUCCUCAAAUUUGGGAAUAUCCAGUUAAUCAACAAGAUGAAAUUAGAAGGGCAUACAUUAAUUUGGGGCCAUAUCAACCUUUGAUGUCUGAAUAUCCGCUGACUAGUGCUCUUGUUUUGUAUAAUGCUCCACAAAAUGCUAAAUACACCUCGCAUCAAAUUCAAAAAGAAAUUUUGCAUGUCUUUGCUAGAAAUGUUCAUUCUUCAAUUCGUCAUGACAUUGGUGAUGCAAGAUUUUGCUUAAUUGUUGAUGAAGCUCGAGAUGAAUCCAGAAGAGAGCAAAUAACCCUUGUUAUAAGGUUUGUUGAUAGAAGUGGAUUUAUACGAGAACGAUUUUUGGAUAUAGUUCAUGUCAAAGAUACAACUGCUUCAACUCUUAAGAAAAAGAUUUCCUUUGUUUUAUCUCAUCAUAAUCUUCAUGUUCAAAAUAUUAGGGGUCAAGGGUAUGAUGGUGCUACUAGAGAAAUAUCUGAUGUUCACACUUUCUUUCAGAACUUGAUUUUUAUUAUUAACAUUGUUAGUGCUUCUUGCAAGCGUAAUGAUGAAUUACGGGCUUUUCAAGCAGCUAUAAUUGAACAUUUCGUUGAUAUUGGUGAGAUUGAAACGGGUAAAGGAGUUAAUCAAGUAGGUGGUUUGCAACGACCUGGAGAUAGCAGAUGGAGUUCGCAUUUCAAAUCAAUUUGUAGUUUGAUAAAAAUGUAUGGGGCAACUUGCUUGGUUUUUGGAAACAUCGCUUUAGAUGGAUCUACUUAUUCUCAACGUGAUGAUGCGGUGUUUUCAUUUAAGUUGCUAAUGUCAUUUGAUUUUGCAUUCAUCUUGCAUAUAAUAAAGAAUGUUAUGGGAAUUAUUGAUGUUCUUUGCCAAGCUUUGCAACAGAAAUCUCAAGACAUUUUAAAUGCUAUGCAUUUGGUGACUACCACAAAGACUUUAAUUCAGAAGUUAAGAGAUGAUGGCUGGGAAACUAUUUUAGAAGAAUGA